CAAUAACUACAUACCUAUCAAUAGUUACUUUAAAUGUAAAUGGAUUAAAUGCUCUAAUCCAAAGACAGGGUGGCUGAAUGGAGAAUAGGCCCAUCCAUAUGCUGCCUACAGGAGAACCACUUCAGAUCAAAAGAUACACAGAUUGAAAAUAAAGGAAUAGAAGAAGAUACUUCAGGCAAACGGAAAUGAAAAAAAAAAAGGUUGGGAAAGUGCCCCAGAUCCUUUUAGGACAUUUGGUCUUUUGGACGCAGCACAAAUUGAGUGAGGGAAGAAGGAGAAAAAUCUGCUGGAUCCCUGCAGAAUUAAUUUAUUCAAAAAGGAAAUAAUAGAAAAAUACUCAACAUGCAAAAGUCUUGUGAAGAAAAUGAAGGAACGCCAUAGAACAUGCCAAAGGCUGAGGAAGACCACCCUUCAGAAGAUGUACCGCAGGAGGCAGAAGGAAACCUUAGAAGCGGGUUGACUCAACCUGUCCAGGCGUUCAAAGAAGACACUCCCGUUAGGCAUUUUAACCCUGAAGAAAUGCUAAGAGGAAUAUAUGAGUUGGAAAGGCUUAGAGAAGAAAUAAGAGUAAGAAACAAGUUUUUGAUGAUGCAUUAAAAGCAAAGACAUUCUCGCAGAUGACCUUAUCCUGUGUGCUUUAGGCCUUGAAUUCUUUUUUUUAAUCUGAUAGUAAAACCUGGCGCCUGCUUUCUGUUAGCAUAUUCUGAUGUAUCUUUUAUCUUCGUUUU